AAUGAUACUAUUUUCGUAAUUUUUAUGUUUUGUUGCUAAUAAGAUAGUAGUAUUAUUUUAUUAUAAAUUAAUUAGAAUCGUGUUAACAAAAUGGAAUAGUGCACAUGGCAGAUUCGGUAGCAGUAGUCUUAUAAAUAAUAUAUAUUUAAAUACUAUACAUUAUGGCUUUUAUGAAAUUCGUUGGUAAAACCUGCGGUUUCAUGGGAUAUAUUAUACAAACAGCAUGUAUAACGCAUUGUACUUUUGAAUAUGUUGGAGACUUCGUUAUGUGUUCUGGUCCCUCGAUGGAGCCCACGUUGCAGACGAACAAUGUCCUAUUUACUGAACAUAUAUCACCAAGAUUGCAGCGGUUGCGGCGUGGAGACAUUGUGAUAUUUAAAAGUCCUUCAAACCCCAAACAGAAUAUUUGCAAAAGAAUAACCGCUAUGUCAGGUGAUCGCGUCAGGGGUAGCUUCCCUAGACGUAGCCAGGUGGUGCCCAGAGGUCACGUGUGGCUAGAAGGUGAUAAUGCAAGUAAUUCUGCAGAUUCCAGGGUGUAUGGCCCGGUGCCAGUAGGCUUAAUUAGAAGCAGAGUAGUGUGCCGAGUUUGGCCAUUUGAUAAAAUCACAUUAUUGUCAUCAUGUUGACCUUUACACUAGUCUAAAAUGACUUAUUUUAUUUUUGAUUUACCCUUAUAUGUUACUUAGUAAAAGUUACUAGUAUAUUGUGAUAUUUCGUUACUUUUUUUGUAAGUACAGAAUAUUGUGCCAAGUUUUAUUUCUGCCAAUGUUUUUGUUUGGUUCAAGGUUGAUUGAAUGUAGAGAUGGUAGGAUAAUAAAACUGUUGUUACAAA